AUGCCGUUUGCCCCUGCACUAGCAACUCGCGUCACCGAAAGUCACCACCGAUUACAGCUCGCCAUCAUGGAGAGUGACACUGGACACGAGGUGGGAGGCGCAGGACGUCCGCGUCAGGCGAGUACCGGGUCGAUGCCUCGUGGGAUGGGACGGUUACUCCACCCUUUGUAUCCGAAGCCCGAGUUCAAGAACUACAGCGUUAUCGACGCCUACCCGAACGAGCUAGUGCCCGUCAACCAUAUUCAACGUGACACGGCGGAUGAUUGGGGAUGGCAAUGCUACCAUGGACUACUUCGGUCUGCAUUUGCGGCGAUUGAGGCUGGGCGAGUCAAGACGGCCAGGACGAAGAUGCUGGUGGCAUCUCGUUGGCUGGUCGAUGCGGUUCCUCGGCUCGGUCUCCAGUAUGACGAUGAGUCGCGACACCCAGAACGUUUACAGCUGUGGACUGAACUGAAUUUAUGCUGGGAGGCAUUGGGACAGAAACAAAAAGAAAUUGCCCAGGAAACGAGGAGAACGGGAACGGGAACCGUCUCCGGCCAAGGUCUCUCUCGUGCGGCGGUGAUCCACCUGAUCAACGAGUUAGUCAACCUCGGCGACAAGUUAGCACCGUACGGCCUGGUCGACUUUGAGAUGGGAAUCUGGGAAGAGCAAAUUGUCCACAUCUUCAUGGCCUGCUUAGACCUUUGGCCGCGAUAA